AUGGCAGGAUUGAGCAAAGAACGGUGUGAUCAGUCAGUGCCCCCGCUCCUCCAGUGUCCCCGCUCCUCCAGUGCCCCCGCUCCUCCAGUGUCUCCGCUCCUCCAGUGUCCCCGCUCCUCCAGUGCCCCCGCUCCUCCAGUGCCCCCGCUCCUCCAGUGCCCCCGCUCCUCCAGUGUCUCCGCUCCUCCAGUGCCCCCGCUCCUCCAGUGUCUCCGCUCCUCCAGUGCCCCCGCUCCUCCAGUGCCCCCGCUCCUCCAGUGUCCCCGCUCCUCCAGUGCCCCCGCUCCUCCAGUGCCCCCGCUCCUCCAGUGCCCCCGCUCCUCCAGUGCCCCCGCUCCUCCAGUGCCCCCGCUCCUCCAGUGUCCCCGCUCCUCCAGUGCCCCCGCUCCUCCAGUGCCCCCGCUCCUCCAGUGUCCCCGCUCCUCCAGUGCCCCCGCUCCUCCAGUGUCCCCGCUCCUCCAGUGCCCCCGCUCCUCCAGUGUCUCCGCUCCUCCAGUGCCCCCGCUCCUUCAGUGUCCGCGCUCCUCCAGUGUCCCCGCUCCUCCAGUGCCCCCGCUCCUCCAGUGCCCCCGCUCCUCCAGUGCCCCCGCUCCUCCAGUGCCCCCGCUCCUCCAGUGUCCCCGCUCCUCCAGUGUCUCCGCUCCUCCAGUGUCCCCGCUCCUCCAGUGCCCCCGCUCCUCCAGUGCCCCCGCUCCUCCAGUGUCCCCGCUCCUCCAGUGCCCCCACUCCUCCAGUGCCCCCGCUCCUCCAGUGUCUCCGCUCCUCCAGUGCCCCCGCUCCUCCAGUGUCCCCGCUCCUCCAGUGCCCCCGCUCCUCCAGUGCCCCCGCUCCUCCAGUGUCCCCGCUCCUCCAGUGCCCCCGCUCCUCCAGUGCCCCCGCUCCUCCAGUGUCCCCGCUCCUCCAGUGUCCCCGCUCCUCCAGUGUCCCCGCUCCUCCAGUGCCCCCCGCUCCUCCAGUGCCCCCGCUCCUCCAGUGUCCCCGCUCCUCCAGUGUCUCCGCUCCUCCAGUGUCCCCGCUCCUCCAGUGCCCCCGCUCCUCCAGUGUCCCCGCUCCUCCAGUGUCCCCGCUUCUCCAGUGUCCCCGCUCCUCCAGUGCCCCCGCUCCUCCAGUGUCCCCGCUCCUCCAGUGCUCCUGCUCCUCCAGUGUCCCCGCUCCUCCAGUGUCCCCGCUCCUCCAGUGCCCCCGCUCCUCCAGUGCCCCCGCUCCUCCAGUGUCCCCGCUCCUCCAGUGCCCCCGCUCCUCCAGUGUCCCCGCUCCUUUAGUGCCCCCGCUCCUCCAGUGCCCCCGCUCCUCCAGUGUCCCCGCUCCUCCAGUGCCCCCGCUCCUCCAGUGCCCCCGCUCCUCCAGUGCCCCCGCUCCUCCAGUGUCCGCGCUCCUCCAGUGCCCCCGCUCCUCCAGUGCCCCCGCUCCUCCAGUGUCCCCGCUCCUCCAGUGUCCCCGCUCCUCCAGUGCCCCCGCUCCUCCAGUGUCCCCGCUCCUUUAGUGCCCCCGCUCCUCCAGUGUCCCCGCUCCUCCAGUGUCCCGGCUCCUCCAGUGCCCCCGCUCCUCCAGUGCCCCCGCUCCGUGUGGGGCACCCGCUCCUCCAGUGCCCCCGCUCCUCCAGUGUCCCCGCUCCUCCAGUGCCCCCGCUCCUCCAGUGUCCGCGCUCCUCCAGUGCCCCCGCUCCUCCAGUGCCCCCGCUCCUCCAGUGCCCCCGCUCCUCCAGUGCCCCCGCUCCUCCAGUGCCCCCGCUCCUCCAGUGCCCCCGCUCCUCCAGUGUCCGCGCUCCUCCAGUGCCCCCGCUCCUCCAGUGCCCCCGCUCCUCCAGUGCCCCCGCUCCUUCAGUGUCCCCGCUCCUCCAGUGCCCCCGCUCCUCCAGUGUCCCCACUCCUCCAGUGCCCCCGCUCCUCCAGUGUCCACGCUCCUCCAGUGCCCCCGCUCCUCCAGUGCCCCCGCUCCUCCAGUGCCCCCGCUCCUCCAGUGCCCCCGCUCCUCCAGUGCCCCCGCUCCUCCAGUGCCCCCGCUCCUCCAGUGUCCGCGCUCCUCCAGUGCCCCCGCUCCUCCAGUGCCCCCGCUCCUCCAGUGCCCCCGCUCCUUCAGUGUCCCCGCUCCUCCAGUGCCCCCGCUCCUCCAGUGUCCCCACUCCUCCAGUGCCCCCGCUCCUCCAGUGUCCACGCUCCUCCAGUGCCCCCGCUCCUCCAGUGCCCCCGCUCCUCCAGUGCCCCCGCUCCUCCAGUGUCCCCGCUCCUCCAGUGUCCCCGCUCCUCCAGUGCCCCCGCUCCUCCAGUGCCCCCGCUCCUUCAGUGUCCGCGCUCCUCCAGUGUCCCCGCUCCUCCAGUGCCCCCGCUCCUCCAGUGUCCCCGCUCCUCCAGUGCCCCCGCUCCUCCAGUGUCCCCGCUCCUCCAGUGUCCCCGCUCCUCCAGUGUCCGCGCUCCUCCAGUGUCCCCGCUCCUCCAGUGUCCGCGCUCCUCCAGUGUCCCCGCUCCUCCAGUGCCCCCGCUCCUCCAGUGUCCCCGCUCCUCCAGUGCCCCCGCUCCUCCAGUGUCCGCGCUCCUCCAGUGCCCCCGCUCCUCCAGUGUCCGCGCUCCUCCAGUGCCCCCGCUCCUCCAGUGCCCCCGCUCCUCCAGUGCCCCCGCUCCUCCAGUGCCCCCGCUCCUCCAGUGCCCCCGCUCCUCCAGUGUCCGCGCUCCUCCAGUGCCCCCGCUCCUCCAGUGCCCCCGCUCCUCCAGUGCCCCCGCUCCUUCAGUGUCCCCGCUCCUCCAGUGCCCCCGCUCCUCCAGUGUCCCCACUCCUCCAGUGCCCCCGCUCCUCCAGUGUCCACGCUCCUCCAGUGCCCCCGCUCCUCCAGUGCCCCCGCUCCUCCAGUGCCCCCGCUCCUCCAGUGCCCCCGCUCCUCCAGUGUCCCCGCUCCUCCAGUGUCCCCGCUCCUCCAGUGCCCCCGCUCCUCCAGUGCCCCCGCUCCUUCAGUGUCCGCGCUCCUCCAGUGUCCCCGCUCCUCCAGUGCCCCCGCUCCUCCAGUGUCCCCGCUCCUCCAGUGCCCCCGCUCCUCCAGUGCCCCCGCUCCUCCAGUGUCCCCACUCCUCCAGUGCCCCCGCUCCUCCAGUGUCCACGCUCCUCCAGUGCCCCCGCUCCUCCAGUGCCCCCGCUCCUCCAGUGUCUCCGCUCCUCCAGUGUCCGCGCUCCUCCAGUGCCCCCGCUCCUCCAGUGUCCCCGCUCCUCCAGUGCCCCCGCUCCUCCAGUGUCUCCGCUCCUCCAGUGUCCGCGCUCCUCCAGUGUCCCCGCUCCUCCAGUGCCCCCGCUCCUCCAGUGUCCCCGCUCCUCCAGUGCCCCCGCUCCUCCAGUGUCCGCGCUCUCUGGCGCUGUUCGCGUGUCGGUCAAAAAUGA